AUGGGACCAACUCUGUCCACAGGAUCAGCUACCACCAACACGGGAUCAACCAACUCCACCACGGGAUCAACUAACUCCACCACGGGAUCAACCAACUCCACCACGGGGUCAACCAACUCCACCACGGGAUCAACUAACUCCACCACGGGAUCAACCAACUCCACCACGGGAUCAACCAACUCCACCACGGGAUCAACUAACUCCACCACGGGAUCAACUAACUCCACCACGGGAUCAACUAAUGCCACCACGGGAUCACCGACCCCCACCGUGGGAUCAACUAACUCCACCACGGGAUCAACUACGCCCACCGGAAAUUCAUCUCAGACCUCUGGGACAGCUCAGCCUGCCAGCUCUUCCACGGUGACUAGCAGUAGUGGCACAGGUUCCGGUGAUCCUUGCAACCCUAACCCCUGUAAAGGAGCUGCUGCCUGUGUUAAGCUGCAUAGUGAGAGCUUCUGCUUGUGUUCAGAAGGAAAUUACUACAACACAUCUUUGUCAUCAUGUAUGCAAGGAAAGACAUUCCCUGGAGAGAUAUCCAUGACUGCAAAUAAAACAGAUGACUUGGAAAAUAAAAACUCUGUAGGCUAUCAAGAUUUGCACAACAAUGUUGUCAAGUUUUUUCAAAACGUAUUUAAUGAGCCUGACUAUGGACAGACUGUAAUUCUUAAAGUGAGCACAGCCUCUUCACUGCCAGCAAGAUCUGUGAUGCGUGAUGCUGGAAAGACGAAGGUCUUUGUAUCAGUAGUAAAUAUAUUUGAAGAACACACAACUAAAACUGAAGAAACUGUAUCUGAGUUGAUCAACAAGACAGCUGAGAAUGAUCCGGAUAUAGACGGAUAUGUCGGGCGAGAUUUGUGUGAGUAUUAUGGUUGUAAAAAGAAUCCCGAUAAUUGCUUGAAUGGUUUACAAUGCACAUGCAAAGAUGGACUGAACAGGCUGAACCCGCAGGUUCCUUUUUGUUUCGCUACAGAGUGCUCUGAGACCUGCAGUGCAGAGGAGAAGAAGCAAUGCUUAAAGACGGAUAGUGGCACAAUGGAGUGUGUAUGCAUGCCGGGGUACCAGAAGGCAAACGGGAAAUGUGAAGAGUGUCCGUUUGGCUACAGCGGGAAGGAUUGCAAAGACCAGUUUCAGCUGAUUCUCACCAUCGUGGGCACUGUUGGUGGAGCCCUCAUCCUCAUCUUGCUGAUUGCGGUUAUUGUCUCCAUGAGCUCAAAGAACAAAAAGAAGAAUGUAGAAGAGCAGAAGCUGAUUGAGGAUGACUUCCAAAACGUCCGGCUGAGGCAAACCGGCUUCUCCAACUUCGGAGCAGACAGCAGCAUCUUCCCCAAAGUCAAAACAGGGGUCCCGAGUCAGACCCCUAAUCCCUACGCAAACCAACGAAGCAUGCCUCGCCCUGACUACUAGAAUGACAAGAAUUUGGAACCCUCCCUCAUCCAGCCCACACAAGCAAUGAUCUUAAGGACAAGGAGAAAUGGGCAGAGACAAAGGUUUGACCUCCAGUGUUCCUCUGCCAACC